AUAAAUGACAUUGAAACAUAAACCGUGACUGAAAGUUGUUUAGUCUCAAGACGAGUUAAAAGACAUACACGUACUUGAUAUCGUUUAAACAGUGUUUGAACAAAGGAAGAGUUGAGUUAAAGGGUUAAUUUUUCACUUUUUUUAUCUUAAAUAUGAGGUUUUUCAUACGAAACGGUUUAUUUGUAAUAUCAAUUUUGAUGUUGGAUUGGAGAGGUCAUUCAGGUACGCCAGUUUCAAUGCUCGUACAAUGGCUUUCUCCGAGAAGCUGGGCCGAUAGUUUCACAGAGGAAAAAGAAACUGUGCUAUCCAUCGUAGCCAUGGUUCCAUCUGGUAGUAUAAUAACCAUUGCUGCCGUUAAACAGGACAGUGUAGAGAACAUUGCUACUUUCACUACGAAUUCUUCAACAGAUGACAUGCUGCUUGGUAUCUUACAAAAGUAUGAUACCACUGAAAAUAGCGUAUUUGUGAGCACCUCGUUGAUGGGUAAAAACGUUCGCCAAACGUUCCCUCAACAUGGCCAGCAAAUGUCGGAAAUCGUGGUUAUCGUUUGUUCUGACGUUACAUUAAUGGGACCAGUAUCCUUUAUUUUGUCGCGGAAACUAUUAAAGAAAACACUAGUGGUCAAAGUUGGUGAUUUUCGCUUCGUUGACCCAUGGCUCGAUGUUGCAACCGAUGCUGACCAUGUUCUGUUUACAACUGAGCAUGAUAAACUGAUGACAGUUCUUCAAAAAGAUUUUACCUUGUUAUGUGAUAUCGAUUCGUUCUGGGAUGAUGCAACAUCGGAGUGCCAGCCAUGUGAUAUGGCUUGUCCGACAUACAGAAUUCCCGUCAAGUGCAUAAGUGAAGACAUCGCAUUCGAUUGUCAGUAUUUUCUCCAUUUUUUUAAACAACAGAAUGGAAAAUCUACAAAAAAUGGGCAUAUUGAAACACACCAACCUGCUGCAUACCAAUACAGCAAACCGUCGACGAAUAUGUUUAUGGUGGAAUUUUUGAUCGGACCAGGAGUUUUACUUGUCCUUAUUGCUGUUGUAGUUGUUGUAAGAUGGGCAAGUAACCGUAACAAACGAUAUAGAUCCAGAAACGUUCAGCGAGAUGAGCAGGGUCUCGAAAUGAUGCCACAGUGACAUUCUAAGCAAACAAUUGAAAAAUUGGGAAGAGGUGAAGUGAAAUCUUUACACUUUGCCAACAAUUUUCAGCAAAUCCAACAUGGCGGAAUACACGCAUUUCAUCAGAAUAUUGUUUAAGCUCUUUUAUUAUCAAAUAAUCAACUUUAAAUUUUAAUAAAUUAAGAAUUAUG